GAUUUUGUCAUGCACUAGUUAUCGUGAACGGAAACAAGUCUUUCUGGUAAUCUGUCUCUUUCUCUCUCUUUCUGUGUGUGUGUGUGUGUGUCUGUCUGUGUCUGUAUGCGCCUCUUGCUUUAAUCUGAAAACUUGGAAAGGCAUAGCUACGUCUGAAAACCUUGCCCCAAAACAAUCAUGUACUGUACGUCCCCCGGGAGUGAAGUGGGAAAUAACGCUCUGAUGUACUUUUACAACGGCAAAGCUGUAUAUGCCCAAUCUCAGAACGCCGAUGAACUCAGAGAGUCAUACCUGUCCCUGAAGGGGCCGAGCAGUAUGCUGUCUAGCUCGUUCUUGCUGCCAGCAGAGGGACACCACACACCGUCUGAUCUGUGGCCAACAUCUGGCACCAUCAACCAAACCAGUUACACAGGACUCCCAGCAGCUCCCUCGUCCCACCUGAGCCAGGGGACCAGCUACGGGAACCUCCAGGAACGCCUGCCUUACCCUCCGUCCGAGGGAAACACCACUGUCCCUCCAGUUGCAAGUCUCCAUCGCAGUGCCAACAGCUCCACAGCGUUUGUCACAUCCUCACACACGCCUCCCCUCAACACUUCGGACACUCUGAUGGGGGGCAGAGUCUCAGUGGCUGGCAGCUCUCAGACUGGUGAUGCUUUGGGUAAAGCUUUGGCCUCGCAGAUUUAUUCACCGGAUCCAACCAAUAACAGCUACACGUCCAAUCCACCCACCCCUGUAAGCUCUCCACCAUGUUUGCCUGGUUCUACGCAGUGGUCCCGGCCUGCAGUGCAGAAUACAGCUUCACCCAACUACGAGAGUCCCUUGCACUCCCUGCAAAGCCGAAUGGAAGACCGCCUGGACAGAUUGGAGGAUGCCAUUCACAUCUUGCGGAACCACGCCGUCGGGCCCUCGUCCGGCCUGGCCAGCGGGCACGGCGACCUCCACAGCCUCCUAGGCCCCUCCCCUCACGGCGGGCUGGUCGCCACUCUGGGGUCGGGCUACACCGUCCCCAAUCUCGGGCCCUCCGCCCGGCCAGCGACAUCCAUGGUAACAACUCAUCGUGAGGAAACGACAAACCUUCAUCCCAGUCUCUCGGGGCUGCCCAGUGUCGUGUCUGCGGCCCUCGCUGCUGCUGCUCUCAACCAACCUACACAGGAUGUGUGUCGAGCUUUCUCCUCGGGGGGCUGUUCCCAGGCACUGUCCUCGGAAACCAAAUCAGACGACAAAGAGAAGGAAAGCAGCCUCGGCUCCCAGCUGGAAGAUGAUCUGUCCGAGGACGACGACGCCAACGAUCCCAGGAAAGACAAGCUGGGCCGCAGUCGGUCAAGUAACCACGAGGACGACGAGCUGAACCCGGGUCAGAAAGCCGAGCGGGAGAAGGACCGGCGCAUGGCGAACAACGCGCGGGAGCGUCUCCGCGUGCGCGACAUCAACGAAGCCUUCAAGGAGCUGGGCCGUAUGUGUCAGCUCCACAUGAAGAACGACAAGCCGCAGACCAAGCUCCUCAUCCUCCACCAGGCCGUCUCCGUCAUCCUCGGGCUAGAGCAACAAGUGAGAGAGAGGAAUCUGAACCCAAAAGCUGCCUGCCUGAAGCGAAGAGAGGAAGAGAAGAUUUCCAAUGGCGAAUCCACAUCCACGCAUCUGGUGGUUCAUCAGGGAAUUGGAGAUUCCCCCAACCCCAUGGGUCACAUGUGAAGCAGGAAACGCUGGGACCCAGGCGGUCUUCACGAAUUUCGCAAAGGGUUUGGAGCCCCCCCACCUUCCCCUCCCCAACCAAUUUCCCUCCCCACCCCACCCCCCACUUCUCCCCCUAGUUGUUGUAUAAGACGCUGUUGGAGCCAUAUUCUGGAUUGAGGCAGAUCCCAGAUUCCAUUUUCUUUUUGGUUAGUCGCUUGACUGGAAUCUGCAGCGGGUCUUGGGAGGGUGGGGGGUUGUUGUUGUCGUGGGGGGGAACAACCGUUUCCCUUCCAUCGCUGCCAACUGCCCCAUCUGGGUCAAAGCUCCGCUCAGUCUUUUCUCUUAGUAUAAUUCGUCUUCUUUCCUACUGAAAGGGGAAUGUCUCCAUAUUGUGCGAACGUGCAGAAAACUGUGUGGCUGUCUUCUUAAACCUUGGGCCCAAGAUGAGGAGAAGUCUUCAACCCAGAGAGCGGGGGAGCCUGUGGAAUUCUCUGCCGCAGAGAGCGGUCAGGGCCGAAAGACUGAAUGUUUUCGGGAAGGAAUUGGAUUGUAGCUCCACAGGGAUCGAAGGGGUCACUCAAAGCAGGAAUAGGGGACUGAGUUGGAUGGUCAACCUGUUGAGGUUGUAGACAUGCUCGCUAAGCCGUCUACAACUUCCUCUACAACCCGAGCUACAAAUCUUCUCGA